CUCACCCCAGUCCACAGUGGCCCUGACCAAACCACGGGCAGAGAGUGGGGGACCAGCCCCCUGUUCUCAGAGCCACGAUGCUGCGGAGAGGCUUCUACAAGCCCUUAGCCAUCCUCAGGCACAGGGGACCUCUCCAUGCCACAAAGCCACCACACUGGCGCUCCCAGCAUUCCUGUGCAGAGAAACACAGCAACUGUGCCCGACACCCCCUCUGGACUGGCCCAGUCUCCUCCCUGGGAGGCAGCCGGCAGUCUCCUGUGAACAUCCAGCGGAGGGACGGUGUCUAUGACCCACAGCUGGCGCCGCUCAGGGUCUCCUACGAUGCUGCCUCCUGCAGGUGCCUCUGGAACACCGGUUACUUCUUCCAGGUGGAGUUUGACGAUUCCUGUGAGGAGUCAGGGAUCAGUGGUGGACCACUGGAAACCCACUACAGGCUGAAGCAGUUUCACUUCCACUGGGGAGCAGUGAAUGAGUGGGGCUCGGAGCACAUGGUGGACGGCCAGGCUUACCCGGCUGAGCUCCAUUUGGUUCACUGGAAUUCCACGAAAUAUGAAAAUUACAAGGAAGCCACUGUGGGGGAGAAUGGGCUGGCGGUGGUAGGAGUGUUUCUAAAGCUCGGUGUCCAGCACGAGGCCCUGCAGAGGCUGGUGGACGUCUUGCCAAAAGUAAAACACAAGGAUGCACAGGUGGCCAUGGGACCCUUUGACCCUUCUUGUCUGCUGCCUGCCUGCAGGGAUUACUGGACCUACCCUGGCUCCCUCACAACCCCGCCACUGGCUGAGUCAGUCACUUGGAUCAUCCAGAAGAUGCCCAUUGAGGUGGCCCCGAGCCAGCUGUCGGCAUUCCGCACACUCCUGUUCUCUGGGUGUGGUGAGGCAGAGGAGGCAAUGGUGAACAACUACCGCCCACUCCAGCCUCUCAUGGAUCGGAAAGUCCGUUCAUCGUUCCAGGCUGCUGGGGUGAGAACAAGGUCCUAGUCUCAGGAUGAUGCCUGAGGAUAGGUGGAACAGAUGAAGAAGGGGUGCACAGUUCAUAGGCGUGCCAUGUGACACCACGCCCGGAUUAAAAAGAUGAGAUCAUUGCUCCA